UUUAAAGGAUAAUUCUUUCUCAACACCUUUAACGAUUUCAAGAUAGUAUUAUUGGGCAACGACAAAAAGUGAGGACAAGAAAAAAAAUGAAGAUGUCACGUGCACGAGAAACAUAAGCACGGGGAGAUAUCACAAACAGCGGGACUGUCGUUCUACAUGCCUGUAUAUAAAGUCCAGAUGGAAGGAAAGUGCCCAAUCAGUCAUCGGUGCAGUUGCGUAUCUCACCUCUGUCGAUAAACUCACGCGAAGCCUUUAUGUACGUUUUUCACUUCACCUUCACUGCCUUUUGGAUAUAGACGUGGUGCACUGGAUUCCUGAAAUUUAAUUACCGAAAAAGAACAAAAAUGCAAACCAAAAUGGAUUACUCCUACAAUUGCAGCUAUUUUCAGUACAAUAACGUUACACCCCCGAAUAUAGGCCAACAAAUAAAAGCUUUAGGGAAGUUUGCCAUGGGCGUGGGAAUCGCCGGCGGAAUUAGUACAGUGCUGUUGAUUGUCCUUUUCAUCAUCAAUGUUUUUACUAAUAUCAAGAAGAGUCCAGCACGCAGAAGAAGACUGCUCUGCUGGAUUACUUCUAUGCCCAUGGUGGUCUCAAUAUUGUCUCUCUUUAUCUUUCUUAUUCCCAGGGCCAGUGAUAUUUGCGACACCGUCAAACAAGUGUAUUUACCUUUCGUCUUGAUGCAUUUUGUCGAUUUGGCUUUGUUGAUACAAGGAGGCGAAGAGGGGGUCCUUAACGAGGUGGUCGAGGUUCAUGCCCCCUUUUCCUUGUGUCAACCGCCUUGUUGUUUCUUUGGAAUUUGCGUCCAUGAUCUCACUUUCACCAAGAUAAGACUUCGUAUAGUUAAAGGAUUGGUCUACCAAGCGCCUGUCUUGCAAUUUGUUUUAAUUAUAAUAAUGAACGUACUGGAUCACGCGGAUUUUCUCGAGAAAAAAACAUCGGACAAAUUAUUUCAAUUCUUCGCCUUAUUGAAUAUUUUAGCGUUUAUGUUUGGAAUUUGGGGCUUUAAUAUUUUGAAUGCCGCUCUGAGCCCGAUGCUGAGGACCAAAUGGAAGAGAUAUAUAUUACGAACUAAAGUGCUGAGCGCUUUUGUCGUCAUCCUGAAGAUGCAAAACUUUAUCCUCGGUAUUCUCUAUUUCGCCAAUGUCAUUCCAUGCAUCAUUCCUUACAUCUCACCGUCCAUCAUGAGAAAAACUAUUGACGCUGCCUUGUCCCUAUUGGAAUCACUUCUUUUCGGUAUCUUCUUUUACCUGGUAUACCAGGUGAGUGACAUCACCGAGAUGAAACGCCCUUCUAAAGGAGACAUGCUAGACACGCCGUCCUUUGAGCGUCACCUACUUGCCCCUCCUCCCGCUGUGAUAAUAAAGCAACCCAUACGUGAUGUUAGGAAUAUUCCUCCUGUAAAUGUAAUCGACGGAAUUUCUUACAGUGUGUGUUAAGCUUGGCAAAAAUGACUACUUACAACAGUGCGUUAUUUGGGUUUAAAUACUGUAUAUGAUAAUAAUUUUCGACUAUCGUAAACAAACCUUUAAAUACUUCUUACAUACAAUGAAAUAUUUCUGGCAAACUAAAACGUGGGUGUCUUAUAAUGGUCUGAUAUGCUGUACUUCUGUCGGUGGCAGCUGGUAGUUUUUUGUCACUUUAAAUUUUCAAAUGGCGUUAAUUUUUUCGUAACGCGUGAAAAAGAAAAAUAAUGUAGAUGAAAUAGUGAACUGUAAUCUUUGAUUUAAAAAAACUUAUAUUUUAGGUAAAAAAUUGGCAAAAGCAUCUUCGCAGUUGGUAGGGUUCGAACCUACGCCCUCAGAGAGGAAUAGAUUUCAAGUCUAUCGCCUUAACCACUCGGCCACAACUGCUUGUACAAUCUUGCAUCCAGAGUAAAACGUAUUCAAUGGAGAAAGUGAAUAGCACUAAAUUCUUGCGUAAACCGGAUAGCUUCUAAACAGUUUAAAUAAAUUGAAAUAGGCAUGACUAGUAUUUGUUUUGGCUUUUGGGGCAAGGGAAAGCGAAUGUCCACCACGUCGCCUUGUGGAGUGGCACUCUCACGGCCGCGGUCCCUUUCAAAAGCAGUGAUUGCUCUUUUCAGCUGUAUGUUCCACUGUGAAAUGACUAUGACUAAUGUCAACAGGCAUGACUUUAUGCUAUGUAAAGUAAAUAACUUUCUUUAAAUAAAAAUAAAUAAAAAUUGUGAUGACG